UUCCGUUUUCUUAUACAUUCGUUUUUGUAAUUUCGUUUUCAAGUUUCCACCCUCUCUAUCUCUAGAGUUCCAAAUAUGUUCUCAAGCAGCCAAUUCGACGCAGUCUCCGCCUUCUCUGGCGGUGGAUUUAUGCCUUCCCAAUCUUCUCACUUCGCUAAUUCAACUCCAUCUCAAAGCCAUGACACACAGGGGUUGUUGUCAGUAACGGUAAAGAAGAUAAGUGAAGCUUCUCGAUCUGGUGAUGAGAAGCCCAAUUUCAUAAUUGACGGUGCUCAUGUUAACAAUGUUAAGGUAAUUGGGAUGCUGUUUAACAAAAAUGUAAGGUCCUCAGAUGUUCGUUUCGACCUUGAUGAUGGAACUGGCCGAGUUGAAUGUAUAAGAUGGGUAACUGAAAGUGUUGACACAAGGGAAAUGGAUGCCUUAGAGGAAGGAACUUAUGUCUGUGUCAUUGGACACUUGCAAAGCUUUCAAGGCAAAGUGCAAUUAAACGCCUUCAGUGUGAGGCCCGUGACAAACUUUGAUGAAGUUACUUGCCACUUUAUUGAGUGCAUAUAUUGCCAUGUGCAGAAUUCCAAAGGACAGUUAGAGGGUGGUGCUCUGGCGCAGCCAAAGAUGACAGAUUCAUCAUUGAGCACUCCAGUGCGAGGUGCAUCAAACGUGCACCAGCCAGCUUCGAUGUGUAGACGCUCAUUUUGUCCGAGCUUUAUUCGAGCCGAAGAUUACAUUUAUGACUCAAAUAGGGGCCCGAAUCAGAGCAAACCCAUUUGGUCGGAGCCCAAGACACGACUAACCCACAAGUGUAGGCUCAAGGGUGGAGACAUCACCAAAAUCUUCAACAGUUUAUCCAGCAGAUGCCAGACAAGUCCCAUAACUGUGCAACCGUUUGGAGAUACCUGCAACAAAGCGUCUGUCCAAUAUACUACUGAUGGAUUCAAGGGUUUUGAAAAAUUGGUCCUGAACUAUCUGCAGCAACCAGCAAUUAUUGACAGAGAAAUGGGGGUGCAUCUAAAUGAACUUUCACAACAGCUGAAAGCUCCCAUAGAGAAGAUAAAGGAUGCUAUUGAGUUUCUUGAAAGGGAAGGUUUGGUGUACUCCUCCAUUGAUGAUUAUCACUACAAGGCAGUAGAAGGUUGCUAAAUUUGGAGCCUAGUUUUAGCCCGGUAUGGAAUUGGCAUUUCGGGUCUGUAAUGACUGAAUGAAGAUGUAUGUUGCUUGCAUCCCUGGAUCUUUAUGAUAAGAGCAUACAUGUAUGUG